UUAGACGAGUGCCAGCGACAGAAACGGGCACACGGCACUGAGUUAAUCAAAUAAAUCGAUCUACCCGCCUUUUGACCUAAGCAAAAACAAAGGAGACUUGAAAUGUUCCGAUUUGUGGGCGUACUUCAGCCCCUGGGACUGGGGCUGCUCCUGCUCUGCCUAAUCGCGCAGAGCUCUGCGUUGGGCUUUCGCCGAGGGAGACUGGUGAAUGGAUUCAUGGGCGAUCCCAGCCGGAUGCCCACACUGCAGCGUUCUUUGGCCUCGGAGGAUUUGUGGUUCGAGCAGCGUCUGGAUCAUUUUCAGGCGCGGAACACCAAGACCUGGCAGCAGCGCUACUUUGUGAAUGCAGAUUACUACAGGAAUGACACCACGGCACCCAUCUUUCUGAUGAUUGGCGGCGAGGGCGAGGCGUCAGCGAAGUGGAUGCGCGAGGGCGCCUGGGUGCACUACGCCGAGCACUUUGGUGCGCUGUGCAUUCAACUGGAGCAUCGCUUCUACGGCAAGAGCCACCCGACCAGCGACCUGUCCACCGCCAAUCUGGCGUACCUCAGCUCAGAGCAGGCCCUGGCCGAUUUGGCCAACUUUGUGGCUGCCAUGAAGGUGCAUUACAAUCUGGCCGAGACCCAGAAAUGGAUUGCCUUUGGCGGCUCCUAUCCAGGCUCGCUUGCGGCAUGGGCGCGUGAGAAGUAUCCGCAUCUCAUCUACGGUUCGAUCAGCUCCAGUGGUCCGCUGCUGGCGGAGGUCGACUUCAGGGAGUACUUCGAGGUGGUGAAAGCCUCCCUGGCUGCCUACAAGCCGGACUGCGUGGAGGCGGUGACCCGCAGCUUUGCCCAGGUGGAGAUACUGCUGAAGCACAUGAUCGGACAGCGCAAUCUGGAUGAAAAGUUCAAAACUUGCACACCCAUCAAGGACUCCAUUGAGAACCAGCUGGAUAUUGGCAAUCUAUUUGAGAAUCUGGCUGGCAACUUUGCUGGCGUUGUGCAGUACAACAAGGACAACAGUCCACAUGCCACAAUAACCAUUGAUGAGAUCUGCGACGUGAUGUUGAACAUGACCAUUGGACCGCCUGUUACCCGACUGGGUGUGGUCAAUGGCCUGCUGUUGCAGCAAUCGAAUGCCACUUGCCUCGACUACAAGUACGAUAAAAUGGUUGCCGACAUGCAGAAUGUCUCGUGGGACUCGGAGGCGGCCAAGGGAAUGCGCCAGUGGACGUAUCAGACCUGCAACGAGUUCGGUUUCUAUCAGACUUCUGAGAACAAGACGGACACAUUUGGCGACCGCUUUGGCGUGGACUUUUUCAUACGCCAGUGCAUGGAUGUGUUCUCCAACAGCAUGGAUGCCAAGUAUCUGGAGCAGGUGGUGUCGCAGACCAACAAGCAUUACGGUGCCCUCAAGCCGGAGACGACCAAUGUGCUGUAUGUGCAUGGCUCCAUUGAUCCCUGGCAUGCGCUGGGCCUGGUGAAGUCCACAAAUGCGGCGACACCAACCAUUUAUAUAGAAGGCACUGCACACUGUGCCAACAUGUACGAGCCGGCGAAAACCGAUCCCCCACAGCUGGUCGCAGCACGCAAUAAGAUUGUGAAAUACCUGGCCAAAUUACUGGAGGGCUACAUCACAAACUGAAACCCAAGCUACACGCUAAAAUGCCAUUCGAAUAGCACAGUGCAUGUGCCUGCUGUAACUUGAAGAUUCUCAGAAUGAUGUAUAUUUAAUAAUCAAAUUAUAAGUGCAUAUACAUCAU